AUUUCUUCGAAAGCUUUCCUUUUUUCCCUUCUGUGUAAACAAAAUCAAGGCAGAGUGACUCGCUGGCUUGUACGUACAGCUUACCGCUUUUCCUAAUGAAAUUAGCUGCAUAUAAACCUUAUUACGCGGGGGAUUCGUGAUUUUCUUCAGAACAGUCCAGAUAAAUUCUUGUCAUGAGGACGGGUCAUAUGGAUAAAAAAAUGGCUGCUUAUUUGUAAUUCUUUAAGCAUCUGUUUAUCACAGGUCGUAUUUGGUGGCCGUCUUUUUUACACGCCUUCUGAAAAUAACUGGAAUUACACCGCUAGCUCUUUUAAUGAGUGACGCUAAAAGGAAAUUCAUAUCCAAAGCGGUUUUCGCCAAGUGGUUCAUUGGCUGCCUGGCACUGCUGUCUAAAUAAUGUUUUAGCAUUUCCGUCGGAACAAGUGUCUUUUUGAUUGUCAAUAUUACUGGAAUUCAUGUCAACAACAAUCAACUGGUGACGUGUUUAAAGUUUAAAUCACAUUGGAUGACAUCUUGUUGGAAAUAACAGAAGAUUUAUUUUCCCUUAUUGUUGGUGAAUUAUUGAUUACCACUAGCAUCAUCAUCAUCAUCAUCAUCAUUAUCCUGCCGGGUUCAUUUCGUUUGAUCAUACUGCUUCGUAUUUAUAUAUAAAGAUUGUGUGAGAGAGAGAGAGAGUGGUUGUAUCUGGAAGUAUUCAUGGCUAGAUUAUUCAGUUAAACCUGUCCGGGUGGAUAUUGAUGGUGCUUUGUACCCAUGUCACUUUCACUCAGCAGGAAAUAUGAUCAGUUCACCAGAUCUGGUGGCUUUCACGAAAGAUGAUGACUUCAGAGACACCUAUGUGGAGAUUAACUCGCUGCCAGAACAGUUCUCGCUGCCUCUCUUCCCCUAUGCUGGAAAUGCCAACCCUUGGGCCAAGGCUUCCUUUGCCAAAUUCACCAAGGACUUCAUUCUCAUCUCCGAGUUUUCCGAACAAGUGGGGCCCCAGCCACUGCUGACCGUCCCGGAUGACCCCAAAGCCUGGGGCACCUUUGAUCUCAAUUACUUCUCUCUCAGGAUUAUGUCAGUGGAUUAUCAGGCCUCCUUUGUGGGGCACCCUCCGGGCUGCGGGUACCCCAAGCUUAACUUCGUGGAGGACUCCAAAGUAGUGCUGGGCGACUCCAAAGAAGGGGCAUUUGCCUACGUCCACCACUUAACCCUUUACGACCUGGAGGCCAGGGGCUUCGUGAGGCCUUUCUGCAUGGCCUACAUCUCCUCUGACGAAGACAAGAUCAUGCAGCAAUUCCAGGAGCUCUCCUCUGAGUUCUCCAAGGCAUCCGAGUGCCUGAAGACUGGAAACCGGAAAGCCUUCGCCAACGAACUGGAAAAGAAGCUGAAGGACCUGGAGUACACCAGGACCGUGCUCCACAAGGAAGCUGAGCUGCAGAAGAAAGAGAACGGCUGCUACUCAACCCAAGCAAUAGAGAAAGCCAACGAGCUGGCUAACGUGGAGAAAUCAAUCUACGAGCACAAAGACCUUUUAAAGCAGGUCACGUCCUACCCUAACAGAAAAAUGAAGGACCCUGAGUUCCUCCCUUAUGAACCUGAACCGCCCUCUGAGCCUCCUGGAGCGGACCAGGACCAGAUCUCCGGUGUCUCUAAUCCCGACCACCCCUCGGACAACCCCAGCAAUACACGCAGGCCGUCUUACACCCCUCAGUUCAUAAAGGCAAAAUCAGCCAAAUGUUUCGACAAGCGCUUGAAAACGCUGGAAGAGCUCUGUGAUGUCUACUUCUUCAACCAGACCAUGGACCAGCUGACUCAAAUCGAGAAGAUCUUCAGGGGCGACCUCUGCUACAUCUCCACCAGCCAGAUAGACACAGCUCUUUUGAAGCAGCAAAAAAUCACCAACUUUCUUUUUGAGGUUUUCAGAGAUUGGGAGGAGGAACCUGAAAAGCCCCAGUAUGGUGAAAAUCUAGCCCCCAACAGCAAUAACUCUUCCAAUCCUGCCCCCUCUAAUGAGCCCGCCAGCCUGGAGUCAUACACAUCCUGCGUGGAGACUGUGCUUAUUAAAAUGGAGCAGGACAUCAGUGAGGAAGGGCAGCAGGAGACAGAGUCCAGCCUUUGUGACAUCACUCAGGACAAUUCCGAAGAGUGCCUGGAAGCGGAUAUGAAAGGCAGUGUAAGCAGCGGAGAGAGCAUCGAAGUGCUGGGAACGGAGAGAUCUUUCCCUGCUCAGGGAUCCUUCAUCCAAUCAGAGAGCCAGGCGAGUCUGCAGGUACAUUAUCCUGAGGUGGUCCGAAGGAAGGAGGCGAGCAAGAGGACAAACAGCCAGGACAGCAUCGAAGUGCUGAGCACCACAGAAUCGAUCAUACCCGAGGAUCUAAGGGCAUCCUGCCCCGGUGCUAUUUACGAGGAGGAGCCUUACAAUGACAGUUCUUUAGAGCACAUGUACCAGUCUCCAGCUUCCAGCCAGCGGCUGGUGGACUCCGGCAUGCAGGAUGCAGGGGGUUUUGGAAAGGAGGCCACAGAGCAGGCUGAUUCUGCCUGCUGCAUCGGACAGGAGGGCCCCCGCUUCGAGGAGCCAGCCCCUGAGCUCGGCCAGGAGUGCAGCGACAACGGAGUGGUGAAGGUGGCCCCCAGGUCAAGCAGGGCUGGGGAGCAGGCCCCGGGUGUGGAUGAUGGGGCUCCGGCAGCGCUGCUUUCAUACGAGCUGAACCUCAUUUACCUCUCUGACGAGGUGUCCAGGCUGGACCUGGACGACGUUUCAGACAGCACCAGCUUCAUGAGCACCUCCACCAGCUCCGAGCGUGCUGCUUCUCCAUUCCUCUCAGGCAAUCCCAUCACUGUGAAGCACAAGAGGAAAGCCGGGCAGGGUGCCCUGAGGUUUAUCAGGCAGUACCCGUUCGCCCAGCAAGCCAUAUUCUCCUUGCUUAGUGGGAGGACACUGGUAGUGAUGGGCGCAGAUGAAGGAAAGGUGAGAAAGCUGGUGAGUGCCCUGUCCAUCUUCGUGCCAAACCUGGGCAAGUAUGCGGAAACGAUAAAGCCCUGGCUGACCUCCCCCUUCCAAAUCACAGAUCUGCACAGCUGGAAGCUGAUCGGGCUGCACAGGGUGGCCUCUCCCACUGGCUCCAGCAUGCUGUUCUCCCUGAACCGCUACAGCCGCUACAUCAGCAUCCUGGACGCGGAUCACAAGACCCUGCGCUGCCCCCCCUACAAGGGCACGCUGAUCGGCAGACUGGCGGACCACCGGACACAGAUCAAGCGCGGCAGCACCUACUUCAUGCAUGUGCAGAGCAUGCUGAGCCAGCUCUGCUCCAAGGCCUUCCUCUACACCUUCUGCCACCACCUGCACCUCCCCAUCCACCCAGGCGAGGGAGACGCCUCGGUGGCAAGCCGACGGAGAGGCUUCCUGCAGCACCAGCUGGGCAUCUCGGGCGAGGAUGUCAAGAUCGUGCAGUUCCUGGGCGAGCUCAUCAAACUGUACUACCUUCAGGAGCCUGGAAAGGGGGCCACACCUCCUGUCUUCAGGUUUGACUACACCACCAGCUUUCUAUAUAAGAUCUAGGGAUGGCUGGCAUUCGUUUAAAGGGAUGUUGGAAGAUCCUGCUUGAUUCGAAUAGUAGGUGGUGUUUGGGGCAGGCUUUAAGAUUAAUGAAUGUAAGUUAUUUGUGGUAUGGUGUUAUUUUUUGAAUGAUCCCUUCAAUGUGUUUUUCCAGAAUAAGGCAGGUGCUGCUACUGCUGUGGAUUGCAGAUGCUCCCGUAGUUUUGGGUACAUUUUUGGUUUUAGGUCUUUGGACAACAGCAGUGAGUGCAGCUUGUUUUAAAAAAUCUUUAUUGUUGCAAAUCUCAAGCCUGUCAAGAUAGAACAGUAGCAAUGAUAUCCUUCCAUCUCUGUUAAUUUGACACGAGACAUUGUCAGAAACUGACAGGGUUUGAUAUUCAAAUGAAUUGCCUCAUUUAGUUUAGUAAUUGUUCAAUUGGUUCAGUUUUAAAAAAGGAACAGCUUCAGCAAAUAAAUGUAAAAAAAUUUAAAUCACAUUUUAAUCUAAAGCUGCUUUAUAGCCUGUUAACCGAACUGCAUAAUAAACAGCAACAAAUCUUGCACAGUCGAGACUCAAGUGUUAAAAUAUAAUUUUUACCGAACCUGAAACUAACCCUAUUGUAACAGCACACAGUCACAUGCAUGAAGUGUCAUCUGUCAGUGAGGUUAAUGUUGUCUGAAAUGUGCGUUCUUUGUAGUAUGGACUGAAUCGUAUGUGGGAAGGCUUGGCUGAGGCUGAGCCACUAAUACAUGCUCCUGCCCAGCUGCUGGGUCAGACCCUUUAGGAUUGGCUAUAAAGAAUGGUUCGGUGUCCACAAGCUAUUACGCAUGUGAAAUGUGAACUAAUACUGGACACAAUAAUGCUGCAAGAAUGGACAAGAUGUUGCAUGUUUACCUUCUUAACAAAAACAAAAAAAAAAUAAUCAUUUUGCAGUAUCAUUUUUGUAUACAUUGGUAAGUGGAGUUUGUAACGCAAGUCAAGCAUGGUCUGUAAUCUGCACAGGUACAGUAGCUGUGUGGUGGCCAGCCAUUUUAGUGAAGGAAAGGGCAAACGUGGACUAUAGUGCUAGUCAGUGAAUCUGUGCCCCGCAGUCAAAUCUGUAUAUUGUAAUUUUGGUUUCGAUCAUAUCUAGACCAAGAGGGCACUAUACUGUAUAUAAACCAACCAAGAUGAAUGUAAUGUACAGUAAAGUAUUUUCAUGUGUAAGCAGUAAACCCUGUUGAGACUUUCUUAACUCUCUCUAAGGACAGGUUGUUGUAGGGUAGGGUUAAUUAACCCAUCAAAUGAUUUGAUUUUUCAGUGGUGGAAUUUAUUUAAUAUUGUACUUGUGUAUUGUUUCUCCAUGAAUCCCCUCUGAAUUUUAAACUGCUCAAAUACAAUUAACUGUUAUGAUUUCAGUGUUUUCAUCUUUUAUGUGUUGCUCCUAACCUGGUGCUGAUGCGCAUAUAGUCGCUGAAGCGUUGCAAUCAUGCAGUCAGUUGGCACCUGCAGUUAAAUCAAUCAUGUUAAACCGAUGAGUAUUGAAGACAACGGGGAAGCUGAACAGAAGUUCAUGAAUUAAAUCACUGCUGCUAAAUGUCAUAUAUCCAAGACCUCCGAAAAAAAUAAGAAGGCUGUAGCACAAUUAGUAUUUUCAAACCGAAGUCUACAUGCUGCAUUUGGCAAAGUAUGUGUGUAUAGUACAGUAUAUAUCUAUCAAUACAGUAUGAAGGACAAAGGAACGUUUAUCCCUGCUAACUUUGCAACACUUUGACGUGAUAAGAGGCGAAUGCUUGGGUACUUAAACAGGCUUACAGUGUCAUUUUGGAAGGUCGUUUAGAACCAAGUGUGCAAACUUUCUAGGGGAGCAGAAGCUUAGCAGAUUGGUGCACUUGCUCUACGUGGGUUACAUGUUAAAGUGUGCCAUAGAAACCAGAAUCGUAUUUUGCACAACUGGCCCAGGAGUUAUUUUUAUAGGUUUGUUGUAGCAGCUGUAAUGGGGGCUAUAAUGUUUUCCCUAUUCUAAGCAAAGGUUGUAAUGUUUUUUGUUUUUUUUGCCAAAAAAAAAAAAAAAUCAAUUUAACAAAAUUCUGUAUGCAAUUUUAAUGUUAUGGUAUUGUACUGUAUAUUUUUGUUUGUUUAACUGGAGGGCCUUUAUUCAGUAUGCACUAUUAUUUAUCUUUUCUGAAGCCUAAAUCUUGCUUUAUUGUGCCCAAUAAAUGUAUUGCUUUAAAAGAGGAGGCAGACAGGGUGGUUCAAAUUAAAACCCUACAUUCAACACACACAGUAAACUAUUCAACAACUGUGACAGGUGUGGAAAGAUAUAUAUUGGGCUUUUCUAAGUUCACUUAAGAUCAAUGUGUACUAGUUCACAAUCAACUGUAUCAGGACAUAACUGACCCUGGUUGGAAUCUGAUUUUCUUACUGCACUAUAUGAGUGACAGUCUGUACAAACCCAUGCAUGUGGUCUAUACUUUACUGGUUGAUUGUUAGUUUUCUCCAUUCACUUAUUUUCUUCUUUUGGUCUGUUAAAGAGAACACUGUCUAUUUGAAAUUGUACCUUCAUCUAUUGUUUCAAACAGUUGUCUUGCAAUGGCAAACCCACUGGAAAAAAACCCCAUUGGUAAUAAACAUGUUUGAACAAUGGCAAA